GCGUGAAAUGUAUGGUUGUCAUGUGUCAUACAGUCUGGUUGGUGGUCAGCUGACAGAUUCGGGUCGCUUGUGAUGUUUACUUUCUUUGUCUAGUGCGUUAACCUGCGUUUUUUGAAUGAAUGCAGCGGUAUGCUUCGCCAAGGAGAACCAUGGUAGUCGUCAACUCGGUGCUCAAGCUGUUACAGAGGCAGACGUACACAUGUCUGUCCCACCGAUACGGGCUCUACCUCUGCUUUGGGGGGCUCGUACUCAUGAUAGUUUCCGCCUUUCAGUUUGGAGAAGUGGUGGUGGAGUGGAGUCGGGACCAGUAUCAUGUGCUGUUUGACUCCUACAGAGACAAUGUGGGUGGAAAAUCAUUCCAAAGCAGGCUCUGUCUGCCCAUGCCCAUUGAUGUGGUGUACACAUGGGUGAACGGCACAGACACGGCUCUGCUGAAGGAACUGAAGGCGGUCAAGGAGCAACUGGAAGAGGAACAAAGAGCUCUGAGAGAACGCCUCGGAAAAAAUGCAAGUGAGACAACUGAGGUGCCAAAAGACAGUGUUAAGCCAGAAUGCCUGCUGUCCCACUGCAUCAUAGCGCCCAUGCUGGCCCUUGACCCCGCUCUGCCAGCCAACAUUACACUCAAAGAGCUGCCGACACUCUCUCCCUCCUUCUCCGCUGCCAAAGAGCUGCUGCUGAUGAACAAACCCUUCCACCCGUCCACCACCGCCUCUGUGGUUGUCUUCCAUUCGCAGGCUGCCGCUGAUAAAGCCUAUACAGAUGUGUCUAAUGAAGACCAGAAAUUCUCUGUGUUCAGAUGUUACCUGACGACAGAUAAAGAGGCUCCGGGCCUGAUCCGCAUGCAGUCCCUGGCCUAUCUGAGCGGCUUCCCAGCAUCCUUUAAGGAAACAGAGCAACUGAGAGUCAAACUGCCCUCUGUCAUAACUAAUAAGAUCAAACAGUUUGAGUUGUACUCUGAGGCCAGCAUUGCCCUGCUCCACCUGAAAACCCCACAAGAUUUCACCGAUCUGACCCAGCAGGCUAAAAAGAACCUGACCUUGGAUGGAAAAGAGUUAACCAUCAGCCCUGGCUACUUGUUCUGGGACCUCACCGCCAUCUCACAGUCCAAACAGGAUGAAGAUGUUUCAGCCAGCCGAUUCGAGGACAACGAGGAGCUCCGCUAUUCACUGCGCUCUGUGGAGAAACACGCCCCCUGGGUGCGACACAUAUUCAUCGUCACUAACGGGCAGAUUCCCUCCUGGCUCAACCUGGAUAACCCCAGAGUUACAGUUGUUACACAUCAGGAUAUCUUCCAGAACCAUAGCCAUCUUCCCACUUUCAGCUCUCCUGCCAUAGAGACCCACAUCCACCGCAUCCCAGGGCUCUCCCAAAAGUUCAUUUACCUCAAUGAUGACGUGAUGUUUGGCAAGGACGUCUGGCCGGACGACUUCUACAGCCACUCGAAAGGACAGAAGGUGUAUCUCACCUGGCCUGUCCCCAACUGCGCUGAGGGCUGCCCUGGAUCUUGGAUCAAAGAUGGGUACUGCGACAAAGCCUGCAACAACUCUGCCUGUGACUGGGAUGGAGGAGACUGCCUCGGUGCAGCGGGUAACAGUCGGUUUGCAGCUGGGGUUGGUGGUGGCGGGCCCGGUGGAGCUGGUGGACAGGUGUGGCAGUUUGCAGGUGGUCUAGGAGGUCUUGGGGGGACUUCGUACUGUAAUCAAGGCUGUGCCAAUUCCUGGCUGGCAGACAAGUUCUGUGACCAAGCCUGCAAUGUACUCUCCUGUGGUUUUGAUGUGGGAGACUGUGGCCAAGAGCACUUUGGCGAGCUGCACCGUGUGACCCUGCUGAGGAAUCAGACCCUGUACACCCUCCCAGUAGGUGAAAUCAGGCCGUAUUUCAGCUUCCACAGACUAGCUCGUAGAGUCUCUGAGGCCCAUGUCAGUGACAACCCGGUAGUUCGCCACACCUCCGUCGCCAACAAGUGGAAAACCAUUCACCUGCUGCUCCAUCCUGGCCACAACGGCACCCAGGUCCAGUACAAUCUUACUUUCCAGAGAGAAGACGACACAGAGUUCACAAUGAGCUUCAGUGUAGCUGUCGACACCCGCAAGGUACCUCAGGCUAACGUGUCCCAGGCUGCGAGCAAAGACACCAGCAAAGAGCCAAGGCCGACUCCGACUCCAGAGCCAGCGUUCCCGUUCUCAGACGUUCCUGAGGACAAACGGGGUCCUAAGAUCCAGAAGAGGCAGCCUGGUGAACCUCAGGUUGUCAUAGAAGUUCCCGCACUGAAUGUGUCUCUUCUACCAGCUCCUGUGCGCAGUGAGCUGCAAAAGCUGGAGGAGAAGCUUCUGAUAGGUGACAUAACCAUGAAGGGUUAUAACCUCACAAAGGCAGAACUUCUAAAACCUUACAGGACACUGGCUCAAAAGCAGCAGGUCAUUGAUUCACAUCCAGCAGCCAAAGUCCAGGGAAAGCCCUAUAAAGACUUGGAGGGAGAGCAGUUGGAAGGAAAACCACCCAUGAAAGAUAAAACUGGAAAUAUCAUUCAGAAAAGUCAAAACUCAAAAGAAGAAAUGUCCAAGAAAGACGUGGCUGUGCAGGAAAAACCUGUCACUCCUCUUAUCCCAGUCCAAAUUGAUGAGAAGCAUAAGAAAGAUUAUGUAACUCCCAAACAUUAUAAUCUGAAUGCUGUGAUUGAGAGGCCUAUGACUUCCAAACUGCUAAGCAGCAUUUCAAAAAUCAAGAGCGCCGAGAGUCAGGCAGAGCAAGCCAACGCUGCAGGAGGAGCUCCAGUAGGGAGGAGACUCCAACACUUCACCUCCUCAGAUAGAGGCUUCCUGCCAUGGGAGAGGAGGAAAUACUUCCAGGAUCUGAUUGAGGAAGAGGAGCGUCUGCUGAGAGAAUUGUCGUACAAGACCGAUGGUGCCGCCACUGGCAGAAGGCUGCAGGACACUUUUGCUGACUCACUGCGCUAUGUCAACAAGCUGCUCAACGGCCAGUUUGGAUUCACGUCCCGCAAAGUCCCUGCACACAUGCCUCACAUGAUCGACCGUCUCAUCAUGCAGGAGCUGCAGGACACAUUCCCAGAGGAGUUUGACAAGACAUCACUCCAUCGUGUUCGUCACCCGGAGGACAUGCAGUUCGCCUUUUCAUACUUCUACUUCCUGAUGAGUGCUCAGCAGCAGCUCAAUGUGUCCGAGGUGUUUGACGAGAUCGACACCGACCACUCAGGCGUCCUGUCCGACCGGGAGAUUCGAACACUCGCCACAAGGAUCCACGAGCUGCCACUCAGCCUCCAGGACCUGACAGGCCUGGAGCAGAUGUUGAUAAACUGCUCUAAGACUCUCCCGACUAACCUGACUCAGCUCCACCUGAUGAACCCAACUCAGGAAGCCUACUAUGACCCCAGCAUGCCUCCUGUCACAAAAGGCCUCAUCCUCCACUGCAAGCCCAUCACAGAACGUAUCCACAAAGCCUUCAGAGACCAGAAUAAGUACAAGUUUGAGAUCAUGGGGGAGGAGGAGAUAGCUUUCAAGAUGGUGCGGACAAAUGUGUCCCAUGUGGUCGGCCAAUUAGAUGACAUUAGGAAGAAUCCAAGGAAGUUCAUCUGUCUGAAUGAUAACAUCGACCACAGCCAUAAGGAUGCUGCCACAGUGAAAGCUGUGCUGAGAGACUUCUAUGAGUCCAUGUUCCCACUGCCGUCCCAGUUUGAACUGCCCAGAGAGUAUCGCAACAGGUUCCUGCAUAUGGAAGAGCUCCAGGAAUGGCGAGUGUAUCGGGACAAGCUGAAGUUCUGGACACACUGUGUCCUCGUGACGCUCGUCAUCUUCACUAUCAUGUCCUUCUUCGCCGAACAGCUGAUUCUGCUGAAGCGGAAGCUGUUCCCCAGACGCAGAGUGAACAGGGACAGCAACCCUGAGCGGGUGUGACAGAAGAAGACUUCCCUCUCCUCUCCUUUCUGCACCUCAGACCUCCACCCUUACUCUCCUGCUCAGUAGAGUGGACAGGAGAGGAUUCAGACCAGGGGAUACUGGUUGGAAACAAGAAUCUGAAGUCCUCAUUGCUUGUGUUACAUCAGCCCGGACAGAGGAUAGAGACUCGUGUGAGAUGGUGAUGAAACAUUUUUCAGAAGAUGAUGGAUGGAGCUGGCCGUUGUAAGGAAUGGCAGCCAGAAAGAAGAAGCCUGUAAAUCUUAUUUCCCUCCACUGGGGGCAUCUGAGACUUUUGUACAACACACACACUUAUACAAACACUCCCUCCACACUUUUACCACCCUCCUCACAUCUUGCCCUCAACAUGUCAUUGAUUAUGGUGCUGUUAAAGUGUGAAACACUUAAUAACAGCAGGUCAGGACUCGUGUGUGUGUGUGUGUGUGUGUGUGUGGCAAACAAGUUUUACCAUAAAAUCCACAAACUGUUGUAUUUAAAUCUCAAAUGAUUAGCAUUAAUCCAUUUAGUCGACUGACAGAAAACAAUCUGAAACUAUUUUGAUAAUUGAUUCAUCGUUUGAGUCACUUUUCAAGUAAAAAAUGCCAAACAUUUGCUGAUACCAGCUUCUUAAAUGUGAGUAUUUUCUGUUUUUCUCUGUGUUAUAUCAUUGUAAGUUGAAUAUCUGGGGUUUUGGCUGUUGGUCGAACCAAAAAAAGAUAUUUGAUGGGCAUUUUUCACAAUUUUAUAGACAAAAUUAUUAAUUGAAAAAAAAAUGGUACUUGCAAGCCGUGGUUGUGUUUGCCUUUUACCGCUAUGACUUAAUUUAAAGAAAAUGGAGGACAUAUAGGAUGGAUAAAAUAAUAAAUUUAUGUGUUGUCGGUUAUGUCUUUGUUGUCUUUAAAAACAUGAAAACUUGAAGUGCCUUCGUUGUUCAUUCCUGCUUGUUUGAACAUUUUUGUUUAUCUCCUGUUGGUUUUUUAAAAUGUCUUCUUUAUAAAUGCUAGCCACAUUACGCCCUAAUCUAGUGAUUUACAAUGAGAAUGAAUGGGAUAUAGAAUAAUAUGAUUCUUAAUGUUGUACAAAUGUAAUUGAUUGCUGGAGCUACAUGUAAGAGAUACUAUAGCUUUCAUAGCCACCUGUGUGUGUGUGUCCCUGUGGGACUCAGCAGGCUCACUACUGUCUGAAAUUCAGACCCCCUCAGCAUGUUCUGUAACUUAUUUUGAUUGUAUUAUUGUGACAGUGAGCCCAGGGACUGUUGCAUCUGAUUUGAAUGCCGCAGAAUGUAAACAUAGCCUCAGACAAUGCUCGUCAACUGUUCCAACUUUUUUCUCUGAAUGUCAGUUUUGCAAAGUUCUUUAUUAUGACAAAAGUGGAAGUGACUACUAGAUACUGUUAGCAUUUGGCGGCUGCCAGAAAAGUCAUAUGAUGUACACUAAGAUGUCAGCAGGCAACGUAGGCGAGACGAUGAGUAACAUAUCUGGAAAUAGGAUUCCCUCAGAUUGCAUCAGUUCAGUGGCUCCUCUGACUGAAAUAAAUGAUUUGGUUCGGUCA